UUCAAUAUAUGCAAAAUCAAAAUGAUAAACUCACAAAAAUCUCUCCCCCUAAUCUUGCUCUUCACACUACUAACAAUGUCCUCCAAGUCAUCAACCAUCGCAAUAAGGCUUCAUCCCAGAAGAAAUAACACUUCAUCACCACCUUCUGCUGCUGCUGCUCCUCCUCCUCCUCCUUCAUCGUCUACUUCUUCAGAUUCAGGCAAUGAGAAAUUUUGUCUGAGUUGGAGAUUAGGAGUGGAGGCGAACAAUGUGGUGGCGUGGAGGACAGUGCCAACAGAGUGUCAGACAGAGGUUGAGAGUUACAUGAUCGAUGGACAGUACGAGGGGGACUUGGAUUUGGUGAUGCAACAGAUCUUCACCUUCCUCGAUUCUAUUCCAAUCUCUUCUAAUUCUUCCUUCGAUGCCUGGGUCUUGGACGUUGACGACACUUGCCUCUCCAAUCUUUAUUACUACAAAACCAAGAGAUUUGGGUGUGAGCCAUAUGAUCCAGCAGGGUUUAGGGCGUGGGCAAGCAAAGGAAGGAGCCCAGCAAUACCGUCAGUUCUUGAAUUAUUUAAGAAACUCACAGAAAAAGGAUUCAAAGUGUUCUUAGUCAGUGGAAGAGACGAAGAGACUCUUGGUCAAGCCACCCUCAACAACUUGCGCAAUCAAGGCUUCUUUGGCUACGAACGUCUUAUUUUGAGGAGUGGGGAAUAUAAAGGACAAAGUGCAGUGAGGUACAAGUCAGACAUAAGACAGAAAUUAGAGAAGGAAGGAUACAGGAUUUGGGGUAACGUGGGAGAUCAAUGGAGCGAUCUACGUGGAGACUCUAUUGGCAAUCGCACUUUUAAGCUCCCCAAUCCUAUGUAUUUUGUUCCCUAAUCAGUCAUUAAUUAUGUUUCUUCUGUCUUUUCUGUGCUUUUGCAAUAAGUUUGGAAUUUCAAUGUCUUGUGUCCGUGACUGUGUAUAUCGGAAUAAAAAUAUUAAUUUCCCUUU